AUGGAUGUGUUUAAUGGUUGGGAGAGAUCAAGAUUAGAAGAUGAAACCAUAAUGCCACCGGGGUUUAGGUUUCAUCCAACUGAUGAAGAGCUCAUCACUUACUUCCUCCUUAAGAAAGUCCUUGACUCCAACUUCUCCUGUGCCGCCAUUUCUCAAGUUGAUUCAAAGCCUUGGGAGCUUCCAGAGAAAGCGAAGAUGGGCGAGAAAGAGUGGUACUUCUUCACACGAAGAGAUAGGAAGUACCCAACCGGGCUGAGAACGAACAGAGCAACAGAAGCUGGUUACUGGAAGGCAACUGGUAAAGACAGAGAGAUCAAAAGCUCAAAGACAAACUCGCUUCUGGGGAUGAAGAAAACUCUCGUCUUUUACAAAGGCAGAGCUCCUAAAGGUGAGAAAAGCUGUUGGGUCAUGCAUGAGUAUCGCCUCGACGGAAAGUUCUCAUACCAUUACAUUACUUCCUCUGCUAAGGAUGAAUGGGUUCUCUCCAAAGUUUGUCUGAAAAGCAGCGUAGUUAGUAGAGAAACGAAGUUGGUCUCUUCUUCUUCCGUUUCCGUCACUAGUAUUAGUUGCUCCUCUUCCACCGGAUCUUUAAUUGCUCCGGUUAUUGAUGCCUUUGCGACUGAGCACGUGUCCUGCUUCUCCAAUACCUCUGCAUCGCAUGUUGAUGCGAGCUUUCCUAUAUACCUUCCCGCUCCACCACAAUCUCUGCCACGUCAACCUCGCCGCAUUGAUGACGUGGCGUUUGGUCAGUUUAUGGGUCUGGGAUCGACUGGACAGUUCAACAUCGACGCAGCGUUCUUACCGAAUCUACCUUCUCUGCCACCGACGUUUCUUCAUCCUCCUCCUCAGUAGUACGCCCCGUACGGUGGAGCCGCCGUGAGUUGCUGGCCGUUUGCUCUCUGA